GUCACCCAAAUAUGCAUCAAGCCUAUGAGACUCUUUGUCAUUCACAUCAUACAGUUGUCGUGAGGACCACAUCAGUACUUGAUAGAGGCGAGUCUUACGGUCAAGCUCCAAGUCAGGAGAAACUGUGCGCCAAAACAUAGUAUAAAUACAUCACCAUGGCGGAAACCCCAAACUCGUUAACUCAUAUCCAAGAUCAGCAUGUAUUAUAUCGCCGGUCUCACUCUUCCGUCACCCCCCCAAAUCGUAGAAGGACUCGCUGUUUUCACCACCUUCAGAUCUAUACAAUAUGCCCUAUCUCGCGUCCUCGCAAUCGCCCCAGUCGCUAGAGCCGAAGCAGGUGUCAUUCGCACCACCCCAACAUCCUUCAUUGGCAAGGUCGUAACCCCAAUACACAGCCUCUCGUUCUUCAUCCCACCCGUGACGUACAUCCUAUGCGUCACCUUCAACCGCUUCGCGCAGCCUGCAUGGAUGCAGCGCAUGAACCUUCCUACUAAUUAUUUCCAACUAGAGACAGAGAUCGCUUUGAGAAUUGCAGCGUGCGCAUCGACCUUUGUGCUCCUCAGGUUCAUCGGACGCAUAUUCACGCACCUCGGGAAUCAGUGGCAUGCGAUCGGGAGACGCGAGAAGCCCAAAGUCGUGCAGACAGGUCCAUACGCGGUGGUGCGUCAUCCUCUGUACACGAGCGUGCUCAUCCAGGGCAUGCUUUUUGCUGUGAUGUCCUGGUCUUAUGCGCCGCUUGUGGGACUUGGUAUCACAGCUGGCGCUUUUGCUGUCAAAAUGCCUAUCGAGGAGGAUCUUAUCAUGAAGGACUCUGCUGUUGCCGGGGAAUAUCGUACAUACAUGCAGAGAGUGCCUGCGCGUGUUAUUCCAUACCUCUGGUGAUAUCGUGAUGUCGCAUACUCGUCAAAAUUGUGUAGGGGAAUCCUUUUUA